UCCCUCUCCACCUCAUUUCACACCCACUCUCGUCUGCGCUCGGGAGAGGAGAGGUUACACGGAGUCAUCUACAGAAGUCGAGUGGUUCCAGUGAAAGGCGGUGAAACCAAGCGCAGAUCUCUCUGUACUUUUUUUUUUUUUUAAUUUUGCACUUUAUUUAUUUUAUUAUUAUUAUUAUUUUUUUUACCGUUAACGCCGAGUAAAUGGAGUCAUCCCUCGAGUUUUCCAGCUCUCUGGGGAGCGUGUCCUCGCUGCUGCUAAGCCGCUGUCGCACAUUUAAGGUGCUUGUGAUUGGAGACUCCGGGGUGGGGAAGACCUGCCUCACGCACCGACUGUGCGCCGGAGAGUUCCCCAGCAGAGUGGAGGCCACCAUCGGGGUGGACUUCCGCGAGAGAGUGCUUGAUAUUGAUGGAGAAAGAAUUAAGCUCCAGCUGUGGGACACGGCGGGACAGGAGCGCUUUCGGAAGUCCAUGGUGCAGCACUACUACCGUAACCUCCACGCGGUGCUCUUUGUUUAUGACGUCACCAGCCCCGCAAGCUUCCGCGGCCUGGCUGCCUGGGUAGAAGAGUGCCGGCAAAACUGCCCGGGACAGGAAGUACCCAGGUUCUUGGUGGGGAAUAAGAGUGACCUCCGUGACCCGAGCAGGACUGACAGCCAGGUGAGCCAGGAGCGCGCGCUGAGCUUCGCCAAAGCUCACGGCAUGACGUUUUUCGAGACGUCCGCCAAAAAACCACCAAAGAAACACACGGAUGGACGACAGUGUGACGGAGAGGUGCACUAUCAGCAGGACAAAGUGGAGGACAUCGUCUCCGCCGUCGGCGCCAGGCUGAAGAGACAAAAGAAGCCGUCGUUGGCAAACCCCCCUGCGUACGGUGGCUCAUUUAAAGUCUGCAACAAGAAAAGACAAGAGAAAGAGGUGUGGAGCUGCUGCUGACGCAAGGAGCUGUGACUUUUGAUGAAUGUUUGCUUGAAUUAACGUCAAGAUAAAAUGCCAAACGUCUACUCGUGUACUUUUGCCAUGUGAAAUAGAGCCACUUCCCAACAGAACUUUCAUUUUUAUACUCUUAAACAUGUGAUAUAUGAAAUGUUGUGUACAUAUGUGAUCGCGUUGUUUACAAAUAAAAUACUGUGAAUGUUAA